GUCUAAGGUGGUGCUUUGGCUACGAUUUCUACAAACAAAUACGGUGCUCCGGGGACAACUAACGGCACAAUUGGCCAAGUAGGAUAAUAGAGUCGUACUAACGUGGUGUGUGCCACGGGAGCACGUAAAAGUAAACCAGCAUCACUCCUUCGUACCAUCUUCCGGAAUGGUAGCAUAGUGCCAGUGUACCAUCAUGAGCGUAAUCGAUUUUCUCCUCAGCAGAAACAGUCUUUAAACAGUGAUUUUGGGAGAGCCACAACGUGUUGAAAACACUGGUCCUCAAAAUACCCCAUGCCUUUCCCGUCUCCCAAUGCUUUCGUACAAACGAAAUCUUUGCGGUUGUUUCUGCCCGAGGACAAAGUAUUGGCACACGCAGGUACUGACGGCCAAAUCUAGCGUCCUGUAAGAGCGCUACUGAUCUGCGAGUAUUUAUCCGAUGGUGUAGCGUGCAGAAGAGUUGGCAGAUUAUUCUACAACCGAUUCUAAAAAUGAUACGACGGUUGUUCAGCACCCUCAUCACGGAUUACCCUCCGGCCGGCGAGUUUCUACCGUCGGCACCACAAUCAUCGAACAAUCGGCCCACAUCGGUGGGUGGCAGUGAGACGUCAAUUCCACCGGCCUUUCGCAGCACCAUGCUACAGUCCCUCAGCUGGUUGCACGCAAUAUCACCCUGCUUUCCCGUGUCGGGUGACCGCAUUGAGGUCAUCCAAGAGCCGGGAACGUUCUACAACACGCUGGUGGAAAAAUGUUCCGCCGCUCGGCGUCGGAUUAUGCUGGCCAGUCUAUACCUCGGGACCGGCAGCCUCGAGACACGGCUCGUUGAUGCCAUCCACGAAAACCUGCGCAACAAUGAGCAGCUGAAGGUGGACGUGCUGCUCGACUUUACGCGUGGUACGCGAGGGAUGAAAAACAGUAAAACCACCCUGAUGCCGUUGGUGGAGGAAACGGAUAACUUUCGGCUGUCGCUCUACCACACGCCGGUGCUGCGCGGAAUCACCAAGCGGUUGGCACCGCCACGGUGGAACGAACUGCUCGGCAUUCAGCACAUGAAGCUGUACCUGGUGGACGACACGGUUAUCCUGUCCGGGGCAAACCUUUCGAACGAUUACUUCACCAACCGGCAGGACCGGUACGUAAUGAUCGAGGAUCGGCGGCUGGCCGACUUCUACGCUGCCUUUCUAGGUAAGGUGCAGGAGUUCAGCCUGACGGUGGGGCGCGAUGGAGCGACACGACUCCACGACACGUGGACCAUGCUGCCGUACAAAUGUGCACAGCUGGAGUUUGCUACCGAAGCCCGCGAGCGGAUACGAUCGUACUUCCGGGGAGUCAUGGAGCAGCAGCGAACCAUCUGCCAGCGGGAAGCGGCGGAUGGUGCGGACAAUCACCCGGCGGACACGUGGAUAUUUCCCCUGAUCGAGAUGGGCCAGCUCGGUAUACAUCAUGACAGUUUGGCCACGAAACAGCUGCUGUCCGGGUGUUUGCCCGGUUCGAGACUCCGCUUGGCCACCGGGUACUUUAACCUCACGGAGACGUACAUGAAUACUCUGACGAACGAUUGCCAGGCUAGGUGCAACAUACUUAUGGCGCAUCCAAAUGCGAAUGGUUUCCUGGGAGCGAAAGGACCGGCUGGGGGCAUUCCGGCCGCAUACUCACUGCUUGCGCGCAAAUUCCUCGAGGCGCUCAAAUCCGCCGGCCAGAGCCACCGGGUGGAGCUGUACGAGUACGAGCGACCCGGCUGGACGUACCACGCCAAGGGCCUGUGGUACUAUCUUCCCGAUUCGUCGCUUCCCAGCGUGACGCUGAUCGGCUCGAGCAACUUCGGUGAACGUUCCGUCAACCGUGACCUGGAGGCGCAGAUAUGUCUGGUCACGAACAACACGCACCUGCAGCGGAAGCUCGAGGCCGAGUACGAAAAUCUGCUGCAGCACGCGACAACGGCCGAGACGGAGCUGAUCAAUCGGCCGGUACCGCGUUGGGUCCGGGCGGUGGUCGGUUUGUUUAGAAACUUUUUCUAACCGUGAUUUCGUCUUUUUUUGUUUUUUGUAAGAAAACAUUGUCCAUUAGCUUCCGCUCGGAAGAAUCGUGUAGUUAGUUGUGCGGCCGUGAAGGCCGUGGAUGAUCAAUUAGAAACAAGAACAACGGCGUUUGGGCCGCGAAAGUUAGGUAGAACAUAGAGUUCAGGGCUUUUUUUAGUCAAUUUCUCGCAAUCGCAUCACGUAAGAGCUUCGCAGAACAGUUACUCAUAGCGCCACACCGUUGUUACCGUUCCAAGUUUGAAAUCCUAUACUCUUAAGACAAGUUACCAAAGUGACAAACCCCCUCAAAGGAAUAUGUUGGUUGUUGUAACACAAUAAAGACGUUAUUUUAACAACACAAAGUAAGAUUACAG